GCCAGUUCCUCAAAUUAGCGCGUUCCUAAUGCAUGUUAUAGAAAAAUCAUUUAGACAAGCGACUCCGCACAACAUACUUUCGCAUCUGCUUUGACAUGUCAUGAAACGCCCAUCGGAAUCCCGUCAGGCACCUCGCCAACCUACUGACUAUGAAUAUGCUUCUGUCUCAGACUGGGAUUCAGACUUGGAGAUGUUAGAAGACAAGAGCCGAGUUCGAAACUAUAGCGAUGAAGACUUCAGACAAACGUUACUUGCCACUAAUGCACAAAUGUCCUCCAGUUAUUAUGUCUCGGUUGCUGAUCGCUCCAUGAAGUCGCUCAAAGGCAUAGCUAAAGACGAUGGGAAUUGGAAAAAAGCUCUCAAGCACAAGAGUGGCGUCAUAGUCUAUAUUAGACCUAGUACUGAUUCUACUGAAAAGGCCCCGGUAUUCAAAGGAGAAGGCAUCAUCCAAGGCUAUACGCCGCAAACUAUCUUUCAGGUGAUCGGCAUGAGAAAGCUAUGGGACGAAACGUUCCUUGAAGGUAGCCUUCUUGAAAAUUUAAACGACACAACCUCUAUAACAUAUGAAGUCUUGAAGCAACCAUCAUCAUCAAAGGCAACUGACUUAUGUUUGGUGGAAAAGAUAGAAUGUACCAGCGAGGGCAUCAUAUAUUUUGCUUGUGCGAGUGUUGAUACUCCAAAGAAGCCUAAAAUCAAUGGUAGGACGCGAACAAAUGUGAAGCUCCUAGGGUGGAUCCUUAAACCGUUGCAAACAUCUCCACCGAGUACAAGGAUAACGUAUGUAGUUCAGGAGAGUAGCCGAGGAUGGAUGCAAGGAUUCACAAAAAAGACGAUGGCGAGAAAGCCGCUGGUCAUAGCCAGCAUUGACAAAUACCUGCAAGAGAAAGCGGAAAGAUUAUACCCUCAAACCCAAAUAUCUAGAUCCGUAAGCGCAAGGUCUUCACCAUCGAAUCAUCGGAGACGGCCAUCUCUAUUGGAUGAGCGUGCGGCUUCUCAGCCAUUGCCCAUACGAACAACCUCUCUAGGACUACCAUCGAUAUCUUCUCCAGCCUUGAACACUCCUAGAUAUACACCAUCUUCUAUCUACAGCAAUAAUAAUUCAUCCGACAGCAUCAACACCAUGACCAGCACUAACACUCCUUCCAAUGUAUCUACGCCACAUACAUCGGUAUCCAGUUCGCCUUCAGUGAACAGGCGCAGAAUACGUUUCGCAGAUGAACAUGAGGGCUAUUCAAACGAGGUUGAACAACCAGGUCACAAGUCUAUCAAAGAAAACUUACCAUCCAUACUGGUAACAGGUCCUGCUGCACCAGCCUUAGCCAAACCCAAGGUCAAACCAACACACAUUCAAGUUCAUAGCCAGGUCCAGAAUCAGAGCCCGAGUCAGAAUCUAUACCCCUCCCACCGACACCUUGAGGCUAAACAAAAAAGUAUAUCCUUGCUCAAAUUGCUCUCAUCGACUAAUAUCAGUGAAUGGAACGCAAUAGACGACGAGCCGGAGCGUACUUAUUUGAAAUCGAUAGACGGCUUGGCUAUGCCUAUCUUUAGGCGACAGAAGCUAGUUACCUCUGGUUGGACGGUAGAGCAGCUUUGCACAGUUGUACAAAACUUUGGAGCACGUAAAAUUUGGGAUCCCAAGUUUGUUGAUGGAAAAGCUGUUGAAAGGUUCUCGCAGAAAGACUACUUACUUUACACCAAAGUGGAUCUUGAGAGCGUAAACCAGAUAAGGGAUUUUGCACUGCUCGGUCUGAUUGAUAGCGAGCCUGCUUCUGGUAUCGUUUACUAUGUCUCCACAAGCGUAGAAGACCAAGCUAUUCCGAAAAGCGACAGACAUGUACGAGGCCAUGUCUACUUGGAAGGAUGGGUUUUCGAACCAGAGUUUGAUACCUCAGGAAGGACCAGAUCAGUUAUGGUGACCUAUUUUUCACAUAUCGACUAUCGCCAGCCCAUAACGCACCGCUCCGAAGAAAGCUUACAUCGCCUACUUACUCAAGAUGCUAUCAAUAUCUCGAGCAUCGAGAAGUAUUUGUCGAAAUAUGGCUGUCCGCCUUAUAUUCGCCGUGUUGCGGGUAAGGUCAGUAAGGAGACAUUUGACGCAUCGAAAAGAAUGUAUGGAGUGGCCUUCAUUGUCAAGUAUACACCAUCCAUACCAAAGGAAGAACAUUCGGGUGCUUGGUGUACGGAUAUUCGAGUUCACUCCAACAUGUACCCGAAUGGCUUUAGAAUGCACAUUUCUUCGCAAAAAGGUGUACGUGUUGACUUACGACCAGAUUCAGCUGGUAUCCGCAUAUACACAACGUUAGCAGAGAUGGAUGGGUCGGUUCUUACGAUCAAUAUUAUGCCUCAAGAUGCUGGUUUGGAUGUUGCACCAUUUAUCACUUGCAACAACCUACCUUUACUCCCAGGGGGCAGUUACCCUAUGGCUGAUACUGAAAAGAAUCUGUCUGCCACAUCUGAAACUAGCUCAAUUUCUUCUGACUCGCAAUACCAAGACGCCGAGUCAGGCAUAGCUCCGGAUACCACCCAUAGCAGCGCUACUCCCAUUGCGGAUACCGCCGUAUUUGAAUCUAACAGUACGACGUCUGUGGAAGCUGAUACGAUGCCACUCAUCCGGCAAGAGACACCUCCUCCAGUUUAUGGCGGUAUUACGGAAAAUCGAAAAGAUGAAGAUGAAGGGAUAAAUGAAGUUGAGCAGCCAGCGUCCUCCGACUUAUCAGAACGAAUGACAAAGCCCGCCUUGGAAGAUCCUUUCCCGCAAUUUGAUAUAUAUAAACCCUUGGAUCGCGCAGAACCAGGUGAAGGAUUUGUGAGAGAGCGACGAGGUUCGUUGGCGUCCAUCUUGACGAAUUCUGAUAAAGUUCUUAUAAUCAACGAAGAACUUUAUUUCAAUAGACAGCAGCUUGCAUUUGUUGUUUUUGUCAUGGUCAUAUGCUAUUACAUGGGCAAGUUUUCCUGUACCAGUAAAUGCUGAGCGAAUCAUUCGUUGACAGAGUGUAAAAUAAAAUGUGGAAUAGUAACAGAGUAUACAAUUGGGACCGUUUUUGAGUCAUAAUGGAAUGAAGAGAGCAAUGAAGUGCACCUUGUCAAUUGAUAUUUUCAAAGAAGCAGCCGAUCAACGUAGCUCGGAAUAUCAAUGCCAAACCGCCAGUCAUCCAUUUGAGUUGUUUGUUGUGAUCAUGGUAUUGGAAACGAGAACACGAACAGGGAAAUAUCUAGUUCGAAGUCUGACAUCUAAAACAUGAGAAUCAAAUAAAGUUGCAUUAAUUUACGGUGUGUUUUAUAACUUCACCCACCUUGGCGGAUGCCACUUGCUGAUCC